GCCACUUUUCCUAUCUCUUAUGCCUUAUGCCACUUUUCCUAUCUCUUAUGCCUUAUGCCACUUUUCCUAUCACUUAUGCCUUAUGCCACUUUUCCUAUCACUUAUGCCUUAUGCCACUUUUCCUAUCACUUAUGCCUUACGCCACUUUUCCUAUCUCUUAUGCCUUAUGCCACUUUUCCCCCAUGCCUUAUGCCUUAUGCCUUAUGCCAACUUUUCUUUUCCUCUAUUCCCUAUUUUUUAUGCCACUUUACACGAAAACAAGACAUGGUUUUUAAA